AUGUUUGUCUUUGUUUCACUCGCUUUAAUCGCCGGAUUAAUUGCAGCUGCGUAUUUUUUCCGAUCAGAGCAGAAGGAGAAGAAUUUACCGCCAAGUCCGGUUGGUUUUCCGGUGAUCGGACACCUCCACCUUCUCAAAGAACCUGUUCACCGUUGUCUACUUGACCUUUCUCAAAAACUCGGUCCUGUGUAUUCUCUCCGGCUAGGCUCUCGUCGAGCUGUGGUCGUGACGUCAGCUUCCGCGGCGGAGGAAUUCUUAACUGGCGAAAACGAUGUCGUUUUCGCAAACAGACCGACCAGUACGUUGGGUGAAUACGUUGCAUACAACAACACGAUGCUUAGCGCAGCUCCUUACGGCGAGCACUGGCGUAAGCUCCGCCGUCUCUGCACCGUCGAGAUAUUCUCCACCGCUCGUCUCAGAGACUCGGUCGAGAUUCGGAGAGACGAAGUGAGAGCUCUGCUUCGGACGAUCCAUGUGGCAACAACAUCAGAAGGAAAUAAUAACUUUGUGGGAUUGGAGCUUAGACCGUUGCUUUCUGGGCUCACGUUUAACAUCGUUAUGAGGAUGGUCGCCGGAAAAAGUUACUACGGCGAGGAGAACGAUGAAGACGAGGAAGCUAGAGAAGUUCGAGAGCUGAUUAGAGAAGCGUUCGAGUUCGGAGGGUUUACUUACGUUGGUGAUUUUCUUCCGAUUCUGAAGCUUUUCGAUUUCGAUGGAUACGUUAAGAGAGGGAAGAAACUCGGUUCGAAAUUGGACAAGUUUCUGCAGAAAUUAGUCGACGAGCAUCGGAUAAACAGAGGAAAAACAGAGUUUGAGAAGACAAUGAUCACUCGUUUGUUAUAUCUCCAAGAAUCUGAACCAGAGUAUUACACCGACGAUAUCAUCAAAGGACUUGUACUGCAGAUGUUGCUCGCCGGAACGGACACAACGGCCGUGACGUUAGAGUGGGCCAUGGCUAACCUUCUAAAUCAUCCAGAGAUUUUAGUGAAAACGCAGAUGGAGUUAAACGACGUCGUUUCGAGAGAGGGGAGAUUGAUAGAGGAAUAUGAUGUUAACACGUGUAGAUAUCUCAAUAAUGUGAUCUCUGAGACUCUUCGUCUGUAUCCUGCAGCGCCAUUAUUGGUGCCACACGAGUCGUCUGAUGAUUGUAAGGUUGCUGGAUAUGAUGUUCCACGUAGCACUUGGCUAUUCGUCAAUGCGUGGGCUAUUCAGAGAGAUCCGAAGGUAUGGGAUGAACCAGAGGCUUUCAAACCGGAGAGGUUCGAAUCUGAGACCCUUCACAGUAAGUUUCUACCUUUUGGUUUGGGUAGAAGAGCUUGUCCUGGUAUGGGCCUGGCACAAAGUGUAUUGGGUUUGGCUUUAGGCUCAUUAAUCCAAUGUUUUGAUUGGGAGAGGGAGGAUGACGUGGAGGUUGAUAUGUCGGAAGGAAGGGGUCUUACCAUGCCUAAAGCUCUGCCUUUAGUUGCCAAAUGCAAGUCUUGUCCAAUCCUAGACAAUGUUAUCUUUUAA